AUGGUUUCAUCAGUGGAGUCAUGUUAUAAGACUGUACUUGUGCAUAUUCUUGAUUUGGUUCUUCAAUUACUCACCAAUGCUCCACCCCUAUCAACUAAUGUGUCACAAGGGGGAGAUAAAGGGGAUAUCACAUUGAAACAUAAUGGAGAGGACAAAGGCAAAGUUGUUAGGAAGGUGUUUUCUAUUCAAAGCCUAACUUCAGUACACAUGAAAGUCGUUAUGGAAUCUUUGACAACAACAACAAUAGUUGCUCCAAAUAUUGAAUUCAAUAUGUCUAAGCUGCAAUUGAAAAAGCUUACUGAGAAUUAUAAGGAUCCCGACGAGUUUAAAAAGUUAAAUAUUCGUUUCUAUGUGGUGCUAAGGAAGAAUGAAAAAGAUAUGUGGUCUUUGGUAAAUAUUAAACUUAUAUCAAUAACUCAUGAUACUUUGAUUGAAGGAGUCUUGAAAAAUUAUCGAUAUAGUCUAGUCCGGGAAAACAAUGUUUUAUUUGACUUCACCAUUACCGACUUUCCUUUGAUGAAUUUGGUUGAUCUCGUCAUGAUUGCGAAGAUCUUGGGAGAUUUGAUUAAAUCCCAAAUUCACGAAAAAUCUUCGUACAUCAUUGGAUAUGGUCACAUCAAAUGCUUUUUGGACUGUUAUUAUGCUUACCUAGCAUUAACAUAUCUUGAUCUUUCCACUGCCAUCAACAAGAAUUUGAAAGUUUCUAAGGCUUUGUUGAAGGUAUAA